GUCAAUAUCGUAAUUUCAGGUCUGUCUCCACUCUCGCAGUUUCUCUCUCUCUUCUUUGGUGUACUCAUUCUCAUUGACUGAAGACGUAAAAUUAAUAGAAGUUGUGCAAAACCUCAGCCAUCCUAUUCUGGUCCUGUUAAACCUCCUUAGCAAUGAGAUCUCCAAUGGCCAGAAACUUAGGGUUUCUGUUCGUCUUGAUAUCAGUAGUUGCCAUCUGCGAAGCUUCAGUAUUUCACCCGAUCUCUGAGAAUCAUCGAUCUGCUGCUUUAGAGCUCUUUUCACCUGUCGAUGGAUCUUUCACAAGCCUAGAAGAGGCAUAUGAGGCAUUAAGAACUUUCCAGAUUCUUGGUGUUGAGAAGAAUACUGUAUCAAGUACUUCAACAUGUCCACUUGUUGUGAAGAAUCUUCAGUUGUCAUCUUCUCCUAAGGACUUGUUCUAUGCCUUGAAAGUCAAUAGUUUCUUGAACUGUAAAGUUGAGGCUAAUACUUUUGCGGGGAUUUUUUCGAAACUUCAAGCUGCUGUGAAGGAUGCAAGUUCAGUUCUUGACUAUUAUUAUUCAGUUGGCAGCUUAGUUUUGAUCAAGGAUAAGGGUGCUGAAGGGGAUGCACUUCUUGCGGAUGCAGAUGGAACAUUUCACUCGAUCAAGGCCCUUAGUCAUGGUGAUGGUAGAUGGCGCCUUAACUCAAAAAGUGCUGAAUCUAGUAUUUAUGCUGCUGGACUAGCACUUGAAGCACUUGCUGGAGUUGUUUCGUUAUCCUCUGCUGAAAUUGAUCAAUCAUUGAUUGGGACUGUAAAAAAUGAUGUAGUGAAACUUUUUGACAGUCUAGAAAAAUAUGAUGACGGAGCCUCCUAUUUCAACGAGAAACUUACGGACGCACGUGAAGAUCAAGGUCCAAUUUCAACCUCAUCAUCAGUAGUAAGUGGGCUGGCAGCAUUUGCGUCGGUUAGCACUGGAAAAAUAAAUCUUUCUGGAGAUAAGAUUUUGGGUUUGGCCAAGUACUUCCUUGGAAUCGGGGUCCCUGGGAGUGCCAAAGACUUAUUCAAUCAGAUUGAGUCCUUGUAUAACUUGGAGAAUAGCAGGGUUUCCAUUCCACUUAUCUUGUCGCUUCCAGCAACUGUUGUAUCAUUGAGUGAUAAAAAUCAGCUCAAGGUUAAGGUGACUACUGUGCUUGGAUCUGGUGCACCACCUUCAACUGUGAAACUUGUGCAAGCUUUCCAACCAAGCUCAAAAGACACUCCAUUAAUUGAAAAUAAGGAACUUAAGUUUGACUCAGAAAGCAAUGCCCAUUCAUUAGAUGUAUUGCCACUAGGUUUUGAUAUUGGGAAAUAUGUUUUUGUAUUCAGGGUGUUGCUUCAUGAUUCUGAGCAUAAGAAGAUUUAUGCUACGGGAGGUCAAACUCAAGUGCCUAUUUUUUUUACGGGAUCAGUCAAAGUUGACAAUGCAGAGAUUGCUGUAUUGGAUAGUGAUUUCCAGAGUACUGGAAACAAGAAAAAAUUAGAUUUAUCUGGAGAUACUUCUUUAUCACUGUCAGCAGACCAUCUGCAGAAGUUGCAACUAACCUUUCAACUUAUCACUACUCUUGGCCACUCCUUUAAGCCAGAACAGGUCUUCCUCAAAUUGAUUCAUGAGACCAAAGUUGAGCAUAUUUUUGUGGUGGGGAGUUCUGGAAGCCAGUUUGAGAUUGUCUUAGACUUUCUUCGUUUGGUUGAGAAGUUUUACUACCUCUCAGGAAGAUACAAUAUUCAACUCACAGUUGGUGAUGCUGCUAUGGAGAAUUCGUUCCACCGGGAUCUUGGUCAUGUUGAGCUGGAUCUACCAAAAGCACCAGAGAAGGCAACACGUGCUCCUCUACAGCCUGCAGAUCCUUACUCGAGAUAUGGUCCCAAACCUGAGAUUACCCACAUCUUCAGGUUACCAGAGAAACGCCCACGUCAAGAGCUUUCCCUUGCUUUCUUGGUUCUUACCUUUGUACCUUUGUUUGGGUUCUUAUUAGGGCUUUUACGUUUGGGAGUUAACUUGAAGAAGUUCCCGACCUCAGAGAGCUCCCCUCUUGUACAUGCUGUUCUCUUCCAUGUAUUCCUUGCAGCAGUUCUGGGCUGGUACCUGCUUUUUUGGCUGAAGAUGGAUCUAUUCACUACUUUGAAGCAGUUGGGAAUUUUGGGAGCCAUGCUGUUGUAUUUUGGACACAGGACUCUUUCAUACUUGGCAUCAGGAUCAUCCAAGCAGAAAUCUGCCUGAGGAAAAUUAAGAAUUAGCAUAUAUUAGACUCAAUUUUGUAGAAGUCCUGCCAAUUAUAUUGCUUCUGACUGUCUGUAGACGCAUGAUUUGAAAGAAAUGUAUAAUGUCUGCCUUCUGGAGCAUGUUCUUUUGAUUUGAGAGAAAUGCAGUGAAGAGCACGUAUGUUGCGUUAAUAGAAUUAUUUUAAAUGCAUCGUUUUGGGAUGUCUGUGGUA